CUUGCUAAGGUAUGGUAUCAUUGAUACUGUACAAACAUCUGCAACACAUGCACAGCACCUCUUUAAUGAUAUCUGGGAUGCUCUUAUUGAAAAGUGUGAGGAUAUUUUGGAAUCUGACCCACCAAACAAGACUAACAAUAAUAAGGAGGUGAAAAUUUAUGCAAUGGACCUCUUCAAAACAGCAUACAAUAUAGUAAGAGUUUCUGAGGCAAUCAAGCUCACAAAGAGCAAGUUGGAGCCUGUGGAAUUCAUUUACAAAAAACGAGUAUUGGAUCUAGCAAAAGUUUUUUGCAAACAGAUCCAGAAUGGCGAAAAUGCUCUGCAAACUGACCAGAGUGAAUAUAACUAUAUAAUCACAUUCAUCUCGCAUAUAUUUGACUUUCUCUUCAAAGACCUUGAACACAUUAAAUCCAUGUGGGGCGAAAAAUCAUUACGAGCUGCAGCAGCUCUUUUGAAUAAGAAGCAAAAAGAUGAUAGCCGUCGGCGUUCGGGUAGCAAAAUCGAUCUGAUCAUGAUGUUGAGGGAAAUACAGUUAGAAUUCCUUGUAAUGGAAGUCUCUGGUCCGCCUUUGGAAGACAACCAUACACAUUUUGUUGGCGAUCGGAAUAAGAUUGCAAAGAACCUUAAAAUUCUGCUCAACUUUAUAAGAACAACAUACCCUGGAAAUUUUCAAGAAUUUCGGAAAAUCAAACUCUAUGGAAUUCAGAUCUACA